UGGGGCAGGCGUGGCGGCCGCAGGAAGGCACUGAGUGCUGACGGGAGUCCGACGUCUGGUGCUGCGAGCUUUCUCCGAGCUAUGAAACCCACGUAGUCGAACGUCAUGAUGCUUGUUCUGUAGGGCGUGUGAUGAGGAGCAGAGUUUGGCUUUGGAGUGCUCGGAACCAGAGGAAUUGCCGAGGACUCGGAGCCCAGCCCUGAUCCCUAGAGAGCCCACAACACAAUGAACAAAUUGAACUUCCAUAACAACAGAGUCAUGCAAGACCGCCGGAGUGUGUGUAUUUUCCUUCCCAACGAUGAAUCUCUGAACAUCAUCAUAAAUGUUAAAAUUCUGUGUCACCAGUUGCUGGUCCAGGUGUGUGACCUACUCAGGCUAAAGGACUGUCACCUCUUUGGACUCAGUGUUAUACAAAAUAAUGAACAUGUGUAUAUGGAGUUGUCCCAAAAGCUUUAUAAGUAUUGUCCAAAAGAAUGGAAGAAAGAGGCCAGCAAGGUACGACAAUACGAAGUCACUUGGGGUAUUGACCAGUUUGGACCCCCUAUGAUCAUCCACUUCCGCGUGCAGUACUAUGUGGAAAAUGGUCGAUUGAUCAGUGACAGAGCAGCAAGAUACUAUUAUUACUGGCACCUGAGAAAACAAGUUCUUCAUUCCCAGUGUGUGCUCCGAGAGGAGGCCUACUUCCUGCUGGCAGCCUUCGCGCUGCAGGCUGAUCUUGGGAACUUCAAAAGGAAUAAGCACUAUGGAAAAUACUUUGAGCCCGAGGCUUACUUCCCAUCUUGGGUUGUUUCCAAGAGAGGAAAGGACUACAUCCUGAAGCACAUUCCAAACAUGCACAAAGAUCAGUUCGCACUGACAGCUUCUGAGGCUCAUCUUAAAUAUAUCAAAGAGGCCGUCCGACUGGAUGAUGUUGCCGUCCAUUACUACAGAUUGUAUAAGGAUAAAAGGGAAAUUGAAGCUUCUCUGACCCUUGGAUUGACCAUGCGGGGAAUACAGAUUUUUCAGAAUUUAGAUGAAGAGAAACAAUUACUUUAUGAUUUCCCUUGGACCAAUGUUGGAAAGUUGGUGUUUGUGGGAAAGAAGUUUGAGAUUUUGCCAGAUGGCUUGCCCUCAGCCAGGAAGCUCAUCUACUACACGGGGUGCCCCAUGCGCUCCAGACACCUGCUGCAGCUCCUGAGUAACAGCCACCGCCUCUACAUGAACCUGCAGCCUGUCCUGCGCCACAUCCGGAAGCUGGAGGAAAACGAAGAGAAGAAGCAGUACCGGGAAUCUUACAUCAGCGACAACCUGGACCUCGACAUGGACCAGCUGGAGAAGCGGUCCCGGGCCAGCGGGAGCAGCGCGGGCAGCAUGAAGCAUAAGCGCCUGUCCCGUCACUCCACCGCCAGCCACAGCAGCUCUCACACCUCGGGCAUCGAGGCCGACACCAAGGCCCGGGACGCGGGCCCCGAAGAUGUCUACCCCGGCAGCGCCAUCCACCGCAAGCUGAAAACCUGCAGCUCCAUGACCAGCCACGGCAGCUCCCACACCUCCGGGGUGGAGAGUGGCGGCAAGGACCGGCUGGAGGAGGAUUUGCAGGAUGAUGAAAUAGAGAUGUUGGUUGACGACCCCAGGGACCUGGAGAGGAUGAACGAAGAGUCCCUGGAAGUCAGCCCAGACAUGUGCAUCUACAUCACAGAGGACAUGCUCCUGUCUCGGAAGCUGAAUGGACACUCUGGGUUGAUUGUGAAAGAAAUUGGUUCUUCCACCUCCAGCUCCUCAGAGACGGUGGUCAAACUUCGAGGCCAGAGUACCGAUUCUCUUCCACAGACUAUAUGUCGAAAACCAAAGACCUCCACCGAUCGACAUAGCUUGAGCCUCGAUGACAUCAGACUGUAUCAGAAAGACUUCUUGCGCAUUGCGGGGCUGUGUCAGGACACUGCUCAGAGUUAUACCUUUGGGUGCGGCCAUGAACUGGAUGAGGAAGGCCUCUAUUGCAGCAGCUGCUUGGCUCAGCAGUGUGUCAACAUCCAAGAUGCUUUUCCAGUCAAAAGAACCAGCAAAUACUUUUCUCUGGAUCUCACCCAUGAUGAAGUUCCAGAGUUUGUUGUAUAAAGGACGUCUAUGUGCAGCUGUACAGACAGCCUGCUGUUCGCUAGAGGCUGUGAAAGCCAUGGGUUCUUUCUUUACCUAUUACUUGUGCCAUAUUUUCUUCACCCCAAACAUAGCUCUUUCUUUAUAAUAUUUGUGACAGAAAUAAAAGCUGAGGGACAGUUGCACUUUAAGUAUUACACAGAAGUGAAAGGACUACAGAGAAUGUAUACCAAGACAAGUGCCCAAAAGUUCACUGAUCCUUUGGAAGGAAAUGUGCUUUACUGGUUACCAAGCCUUCAGAAUAUCCAACUGUGGUGUGUUUGUUCAUUGUUUUGUUUCCCAGUUCAGUUACGUGUAAGAACACUUUUUUUUUUUAUCGUGUGAAAGAUGUUGUUGGGUUCCUUUGUUUGCUUGUACAUUUUUUUUUUUUUUA